GAGGACUUCAGCACCUACCUUCGAAGUACGACGUGGAGUUAUUGCCUUCGACAAAGAUGGCCUCCCUUCGGCCCGGAAGAAGCCGCUGACUAUGGAUGGAGCGGGUCCAUGCGAUGGGAUUGGCUGUUGAGCAAGAGGAGGUGGAGUCCUGUUUCAGGGUCGCGAGAAGAGGAAGUGCAGCGGUCAGAGUUUGCUUUCAAAGGGCUUUGGGAAAGGGGGUGCCGGCCCGUCUCGUCUGCAGGAAGGAAGAGCGGCUCUGGAGGAAAGGAAUCAGAAGCCCUUUUGCAUUAGCUGGGGGCGAACAGGAUAGCAGAAGCCCUUCAUUUGUACUGUAUUUGCGUACAAAGAUGGCUCCAACAGAGAACAUGGGACCAGCAGAAGUUUGUGAAGAAUUGGACCACGUCAUCCUCCAGCUUUUUGAUGCUCUUGAGAUGCUCCAGGCCAAGAGGGAAGCUUUUAACAGCUUGGUAGAGCAGGGUUGGUUCUGUCUCUCAAAAUCCCGUUAUGCGAUGGGUAACAAGUCUGUUUCUACUCUGCAGUAUGGACACCAGAUGACUCCACUAAUUCGGGUGAAAACCAGUGAGAGAGAGACGAGUCAGGUGGAGUUUGUGGUGGUCUCAGAAGAAGACGUGCCUCCCAAAAAAGCUGAAAAUCUAGCUGCAGUGGAAGAAAUUGGCCCCAGUGAACAAGGUCUGCGAUGGCGGAAGGGCCCAGGAAAACCAGAGGGUCUGCCCCGGCCUUUGGAUGCAGCUUCUCAGCCUGCAGAGAGAUCAGGGCACCAAGAUCCUUUGACUUGGUUUGGAAUCCUUGUGCCCCAGAGUCUUCGCCAAGCCCAAAGGACAUUCCAGGAAGGAAUCAACCUUGCUGCAGAAAUUGCCUCAUUACAAAGUGAAAUUGAAACCAUUCAGAGAUGUUACAGAGGACUGUUGGAAAGAAAGCACAACUGUGAGAAGCCAGAAAGAAGCAGGAGUGCUCUUGAAUCGCCAUAGCCAUCUCUGCGCCAAAGCCACAGACAGUGUGGAGAACUGUGGCCUGUAUUUAUUGGAACUUAUUCUCAGAAACCUCCCAGUUGUUUCCUGUUUGUAUUUUUAUCUAUGUAUAACAUUCUGAUUAAUAAAUAAGGGGUUUCUUGUGCUUCAGAUGAGCUUGUUUUCAGAAAUUGGUUUUAGGAGGCCUAUACGUCUUACAGUUGAUGAGUGUAUGUUGUGCAUUGUGCACAGGCAACACAGAAGUGCAAUAUAGAUGGAAAACUAAGGCUCUGGUCCAGAUGUCCAUGCUUCCCUUCCCCUCAUUUUCAGUGGUAGAUGAAGAUAAUGUUAAUUGUUUUUGUUAUUGAAUAUGUGGUUUUUAAGCAUGUGAAAGAACGGUCUAGUAGAAACCUUUUCAAUAAGCAUUGUUGAAACUUUUUUGGACAGAGAUUAAAGUAUGUUGGAAUGGA